AUGGGGUCCGCAAGAAGUUGGGUUUGGCUGUUUUCUUUCCUCGCGUUUCUUCAUACCGCACUUGCUGCCACUCGCAGUUUCACCAUCGACUACGAGCACGACUGCUUUCGUAAGGAUGGGGAGGCGUUUCGGUACAUUUCUGGCAGUAUCCACUACAGCAGGAUCCCAAGGGUCUACUGGAAGGACAGGUUGCUCAAAAUGUACAUGGCCGGACUGAACGCCAUACAGACAUACAUCCCUUGGAACUUUCAUGAGCCAUCCCCUGGCCAAUAUGACUUCAGCGGAGACCGGGAUCUGGGCCACUUUCUCAAGCUUGCUCAGGACCUGGGCUUACUGGUCAUCCUUCGACCGGGUCCAUACAUCUGCGCAGAGUGGGACAUGGGAGGCUUGCCUGCCUGGUUGUUGAAAAAGAAAGACAUCGUCCUCAGGUCGUCAGACCAAGAUUACAUCACAGCGGUGGACAAAUGGAUGGGAAAAUUACUGCCGAUGAUUAAACCGUACCUGUACCAGAACGGUGGUCCUAUCAUCACUGUACAGGUGGAGAAUGAGUAUGGCAGCUAUUUUGCCUGCGAUUACAACUAUCUCCGUCACUUGACCAAACUUUUCCGCUCGCACUUGGGAGACGAGGUGGUGCUCUUCACCACCGACGGAGGAAGCCUCGGCUACCUCAAAUGUGGCUCGAUACAGGGUCUCUACGCCACGGUGGACUUUGGAACAGCUUCCAAUGUGACUGCUUGCUUUGAGGCUCAAAGACACGCAGAACCUCACGGACCUUUGGUGAACUCUGAGUUUUAUACUGGUUGGCUGGACCACUGGGGAGAGCGUCACUGGAUGGUGCCAACAGCAGCCAUUCUGAAAUCUCUCAACGAGAUGCUGUCUAUGGGAGCCAAUGUCAACAUGUACAUGUUCUUUGGUGGAACAAAUUUUGGCUACUGGAACGGUGCCAACACACCUUACGCGCCCCAGCCGACCAGCUACGAUUACGAUGCCCCUCUGACCGAGGCUGGUGACCUCACAGACAAGUAUUUUGCUAUUCGUGAUCUCAUUAAAAUGUACAAAGAAAUACCCAAGGGUGCCGUGCCUCCGUCAACUCCUAAGUAUGCGUACGGAGUAGUGCCCAUGAAGACACUGCGGACAGUAUCUGAUGCUCUGGACCUGCUGGCCUUCUCUGGAGCUGUAAAAUCUCUCUACCCUCUUACUUUCAUUGAGCUAGGACAGUCCUUUGGUUUUGUGUUGUAUCGGACGACCCUGCCUGUGGACUGCCUGACGCCCACCCCUCUGUCCUCCCCCAUGAACGGGGUCCACGAUCGAGCCUACGUGUCUGUGGACGGGGUUGCUGUUGGGAUAUUGGAGAGGAAUAAAGUCAUCAGCAUUAACAUAACUGGUAAAGCCGGUAGCCAACUGGACAUACUGGUGGAGAACUUGGGAAGAGUCAACUUUGGGAAGGAUAUCAAUGACUUCAAGGGACUCGUGUCUAAUGUAAAUCUGGGCUCUAAUGUGUUGACUGGCUGGCUGAUGUACAGUCUCAGUAUUGAUGAGGCGGUGAGGGAGGGGCGUCUGCAGAAGGAGGGGUCCGUGCUCUCCGCCCCUGCUCCGCCCUCAAGCCUCUCCCCGCCAACCUUCUACGCAGGCAGCUUUGUCAUUCCCGACGGCAUUCCCGACCUCCCUCAGGACACCUACAUCCAGUUCCCGAACUGGAGGAAGGGUCAGGUUUGGAUCAACGGCUUCAACCUGGGCCGGUACUGGCCAGCCCGCGGGCCUCAGGUGACCCUCUACGUCCCGGCCAACCUCCUCAGCACGGCCGCCCCGAACAACAUCACCAUCCUGGAGCUGGAGUCGGCGCCGUGUGACCCGGGGCCCUGCGCGGUGGAGUUCACCAACACGCCCUUCAUAAACGCCACCGUGACACCCACUCUGACCCGCCCCAGACGCCUACAGGUUAAAGAGGAUCUCCUGUGAUUCCACCGGCUCCCCGUCGAAUCGCCGUCUGUCAGCCGGUCGAGUCAGGGAUG